GUUUUGAUACAAAACUGUAAAUGCGAUGAAAAUCAACACUUAAUACAAACCAUUCAUACAUUCAAUCAUAACUACAACACAAUUAUCGGACACAAUGUCACCAACAGUACCACCGAUGCUAUUAUGGAUACUCAACAAAGUAAGGAUGCAAUGAAUAACGAGAUUAAUAGCACUACAAGUGAUCACAAUAUGGGAACAACUGAUGCAAACAGUGAGACUUAUGGCAAUCAAAGUAAUACUGAUUUGCAGUCAACGCCCACACAAACAGCAAAUGGUUCACCGCCAUUGAAUGACGAAAACAAUUGCAUUAUCAUUGAAAUCAAAGAAAUAAAACCCGCGGAUCAGAUGAAAGUCAAUGAUAAUGAUUAUCGCCCGUCGAUGGCUCAACAGAUGAGACCAAAUCACGAAAACAGACAAUCGCUGCAACGGUUGCGCAUAAAUGGUGACACCGUUAGUAAUGGUACUAAAAGCCAUUCCUCGGCUUCUAUGGCACCACCGAAGACAAAGAACCCGAAGAAGAUUGUCAUUUCAAUGAGUGAAUUGCGACGAAAGCCAUACCCGUGUCGGACAUGUAGUGAACGGUUCGCGACACCCAUUGAGAGACAUAAGCACAUGGAGUCCGAACACACCGGGCCCUCAAAGUCGGAGUUUAAAUGUCUUCAGUGUCACCGAACCUUCUCAUUGAGAGACCAUUAUAUGAGACACCGAUGUCUGCCAUCUACUCAUCCCUCCCGUAAGAGUCCCACAAAAGUGAUUGAGUCUCAGUCGUCGCUUACAUUAAGCGGUAAUACCGGUGCCGAAGAGUAUAAAUGUUUGGCCACUCAUUGCCAGCGAGUAUUUGGGAGUUACGAGCAAAUGUCUGAACACAUGAUGUAUGUGCACGAGUGGUACCGGUGCCUGAAGUGC